AUGGAUGGAACAAAUCAUUCUGUGGUGUCCGAGUUUGUGUUCCUGGGACUCACCAACUCCUGGGAGAUCCAGCUUCUCCUCUUUGUGUUCUCCUCCACGUUUUAUGUGGCAAGCAUGAUGGGAAACUCCCUCAUCAUGCUCGCUGUGGCUUCUAACCCUCACUUACACUCCCCCAUGUACUUUCUGUUGGCCAACCUCUCCUUUAUUGACUUGGGAGUUUCUUCUGUCGUUUCUCCCAAGAUGAUUUAUGAUCUUUUCAGAAAGCGUAAAGUCAUCUCCUUUGGUAGCUGUAUCACUCAAAUCUUUCUUCACGUCAUUGGUGGUGUGGAGAUGGUGCUGCUCAUUGCCAUGGCCUUUGACAGAUAUGUUGCCAUAUGUAAGCCUCUGCACUAUUUGACUAUUAUGAACCGAAAAAUGUGUAUUUUGCUUCUGAUUGCUGUAUGGGUAAUUGGCUUGACCCAUUCUGUGAAUCAGCUGGUUUUUGUUAUAAAAUUGCCAUUCUGUGGCCCUAAUUUAUUAGACAGCUUUUACUGUGACUUCCCUCGGUUCAUCAAACUUGCCUGCACAGAUACCUACAGUCUAGAGUUCAUGGUCACAGCCAACAGUGGGUUUAUAUCUCUGGCAUUCUUCAUAUUGAUUGUCUCCUACAGUUCUCUCCUGAUCACUGUUCGGAAACACUCCUCAAGAGGUUCAUCCAAGGCCCUCUCCACUUUGUCAACUCAUGUCAUGGUGGUGAUUUUGUUCUUUGGUCCUUGUAUCUUUGUUUAUAUCUGGCCUCACCUCACAUCACACUUAGACAAAUUUCUUGUUGUUUUUGAUGCAGUUCUUACUCCUUUUUUUAAUUCAGUCAUCUAUACAUUCAGGAACAAAGAAAUGAAGGUGGCAAUGAGGAAAGUAUGCAGUCAAUUUAUUACUUAUAGAAGGAUUUCGUAA